AACAGCUGAUUAACUAGCAAGAUGACACUGACAGCGAUUCUGGUCUAAUAAUUAAUAAUUUGUGGUUAUGUAUUGAUUGUUAUUUUUGUAGACGUAGACGCGGUUCCAUAAAUUUUACAUAUUUUUGAAUUAAAGUAUAUGUUCUCUUCAUUCGUACUUAUAGGUAAAUACUAAUCAAGAUGGAACAGUUUUUUACUUUUCCAUUCGCUGUUUUGGAAGUACCUCAUAUAAAGUUAAAGAAACCGUCUUGGUUUAAACAACCAUCACCAAUGCUUGUGUUUUCCUUAGUUUUAUUUUCCUAUUUUCUGGUAACAGGAGGAAUUAUUUAUGAUGUUAUUGUUGAGCCCCCAAGUGUUGGCUCAACAACAGAUGAACACGGACAUACUAGACCAGUCGCGUUUAUGCCAUAUAGGGUUAAUGGUCAAUAUAUAAUGGAAGGAUUAGCUUCAAGUUUUCUUUUUUCUAUAGGCGGUUUGGGGUUUAUUAUUUUAGAUAAUGUACAUAGCCCUACAAUGCCAAAGUUAAACAAGUACCUAAUGACAGCAAUCGGGUUUAUUUGCAUUUUGGUAUCUUUCUUCACCACUUGGGUAUUUAUGAGAAUGAAAUUGCCAGGAUAUCUGCAAAAUUAAAUCAGCAGGAAAAGUGAAAUAAGUGGAUUAAGCA